UGGGUUGACAAUUGCUGAAACAGUCAACUGAAGAAAUUUAAACUGCUGUCUAAAAAGUGUAUGAACGGACUGCUUUUUGAUAGUGGGUAAACAUCCAUAAAACUAGUUUUUCAUAGUCUGCACCUAGCAGCUGAAGUACUAUAUGUCUGACACAUGGAUUUUGUUGAGGCAUGGCUUUAUAUGCUAAGGAAAUAAACAGAAGAAACCUCACUGCACUUGCUUACUUCUUUAGUAAUCCUGCUUUCCAGAUGAACUGGCACAGAAAUGAAUUGGUACAGGAAGUCAUGUAAGGCAAACAGCAGCAGCUCAGACAUCCAAUGCCUCAGGAUUGUGGGCCUUAGUACAGGCCACUGCAGUUUGGUGGCAAAUUGGCAAUGGGUGACCAGGCCAUUGUAAGCAGGCAAGACUCAGGAAUUGCACAGACAUCACCAGAUGUGCUGUACUACCAUCAGGGAGGAGUAUCGCUAGGUCUGACGCACACUGCCUACAGUGUUCUUGGAAUGGGCAUUCAACCAGAUCAUGUGUCCAAUGAUUCCAUGUCUACUCUUUACCCUGUUGAUAACAGAAAGACUACCAGCCUUGCUACAGUUAAAGAGGUGGGAAAUGUAUGUGGAAGAACUUACAGCUGGGACCAAACUCCAUCAGUAGUUGGAAACUGCACCAAUGGCAACUCAAGCCCUGUGCAUUCUAAAGAAGAUACAAAGUCAGUGCCCACCCAGAAUGGCACAUAUGAAAUGAAUGGAGAACAUAAUUAUGAGCAGCACUUUGUUAACACUUUAGAAAAAGGGUUGCCCCUGCAAAAACUAGACUCUUUUUCUGAGGCAUUUGCCACCAGACGGUUCAUAUCAUUGCCAAGCCGUCUGAAUGUGCCCACAGGAACUAGUGAUAGUGAGACUUCUGUAGAGAAACAGAACUGCUCUACUUCAGUCCCAAAGAAAACCCAUCCUAGAGCUCAAGAACAGUCAGAAUACUCAAGCACACAACACCAGGCAACAUCAAUACAAUAUCCAUACCAAAGGACGAGCCAGUUUUUACAGGCAUCUCAUGUUCUACAGCAACAGAUGAGACCACAGUUUCACGCAGGCCUCCAGACAAUGGGUCAUUACCAGAUGCAGCAGGACCAACAGCAAUAUCAGUCUUCUACAGAGCAGAAAUUCCAGCCAGGAACGCAAUUUGAGUGGCCACAUUUGUGCAGUCGAACACCAUCUCCAACCAUAUAUAGCACACAUGUGCAGAGCCAUGCAGCAAGUGUAUCUCCACAAGCACACUUGCAAGGAAUGGAGAAUGUCCCUCGGACGGUGUACCUGCAGACUCAUGGAAAAUCUGGCUUGAGCUUCUAUCUGCAGUCCAAUGCAACUAGCUCAGGAAGUCCUUUCACAGAUGAAACCAAUUUUAACCAACAUCACAUCAAUAUAAGGCAGCCAGAGGAGUACAAGAAUGCAGAUGAACAUUCUCUUCAUACAAACUGCAAUCGUCCCUCUGUUCAAUAUUCUGAGGCCUUUAGUGGAGAUCAAGAAUCCUCAUUCAAAUGUGAAGAAGAGCCCCAGCCCUGUGAUCUCCAUAAUGAUUGUGCUGAUUUUUGUGACCCCUGCUCAGAUCCCCAUGACUCUUUAAUAUCACUUAAUAUCAAGACAAGUGAAGAACAGUGCAGCCAGGAUCUGUGCUGGCAAGAGGCAGUUGGCAGUAAAAGUGGCAUUGUCUCCUAUGUCCGUCAAAAUGCCUUCAGCACAAUCACUGAGCCUUUUGUGUUUCCCAUGGGCAGACCAGGGGUAGAGGGUGAGAGCAGUUACCAGAGUUUUGAAUUCAACCAAGAAAUUCCUGAACUGGACUAUAAGCAGGACCUUGAGGGUCCAGCUGCCCCAAUUUACAAUGGAAUUCCUUUUAAAAGCCUUUUGCGUUUCAUGAAAUGUGCUGGAAAGCCUGAAACUCUGGAAGAGCAUUUUCCUCCAGGGAUGUUUCACUACACUCCACCACCAAUGCUAAACCCUCUGCGCAAAGGAACGGGGCUGUUUGUUAAUAUCAACAUCUGUGAAGCUGGAAUGCAAGGUUUUGUUGGAACCCAGGACUACUUACUCACAGAACUCUGUCAACAAAGUGCAACUUAUUUAUCCUCUCCUCAGGUAAACAUUGGCCCCGAGUACCAAGCCUUUAUCCCUGACCUGGAGGACCACUGCCAUGCAAAGCAUGAACCUGAAUGUGCUGACCUGGUGUGGCAGCCAUGGGCAGAUCUACAAGACAACACUGACACACAACAGCAAGUGGAGAACCUCCUGGACCUAGCUAGCUGCAGUGCUGUUCCUGGAGGUGGAACCAACCAAGAAUUGGCUCUGCAUUGUCUGUUUAAGGCCCACGGAAAUGUGCUGGGUGCUUUGGAAAUGUUGCUUUUUGGCUCACCUUAUAAAGAAGAAACACACCAAAUGUCUGGUUACCACUACACUGGUAGUGAUGUUUGGACAGCAAAUGAACGGAAGCUCUUCAACAAAGCCUAUGCACUGCAUAAGAAGAACUUUUGCAUGAUUCAAAAAAUUGUGAAGACAAAGUGUGUAUCUCAGUGUGUGGAGUUUUAUUAUCUUUCCAAGAAGAUUUUACAGCAGCAGAAAAAGCAACGUGCUGCUUUAGAGAGAGAGAUGGAGAGAACAGGACAUGGCCUAAAGCAGGACAUACCCUACAGUCCGGUCUUAUCUUGCUCUCAGAAAGCCGAUUCUCAGCCUGCAGUGGAAGGAGUGCCUGCCAGUCCAUCUGUGACGGGCAGUUUUCCCUGUAAACAGUGUGGAAAAAUGUUUUACAAAAUAAAGAGUCGCAAUGCCCACAUGAAGAUUCACAGGCAGCAAGAAGAGUGGCGAGACAGGAGCACUGACCUUGGAAAUCCGCCUAUCACCACAAUUCCAAAUGUCGAGGCUUUUCUGAGCAGGCAAGGGGGCCCAAUGACCCUUUAUGCAACCCACUGGGACAAUCGGAACUUUCUGGACCAAAGUGACCUACUGUCUGACAUAAUGACCACCACCACAAAUUUACCAUCAUCUUUCUACCCAACUGACAACAGCAAACUAGGCUUCAAUAAAGGGAAGUGCACCAAUGCGUAUCUUUAACAAACAGAACAAGCAUGGCAGUACCACAGAUGGGAGGUGUAACUGCACUGGAAGGUGGCAUCAGAGAUUUUACAUUUUUUUUAAUUUGACUGCAUAACAAAUAUAUGUUACAUAUAGCCAUUUCAUCCAGAAGAAUGAACCGCUCAAUAUCUGUAGUAGCAUAUUUGCCAGGGACAGUUUCAAGGCGCUCAAAUUCAAUAGUAAAGAUGGCGUGCCGUUUAAAGUCUCUGGGUUCAACAAUAUCAGUCUCCUUUUGUGUUAGGUACACAAGAGGCAUCUCUAGUAUAUGUUCAUGCACCUGUUUUCAUAGCAAAGGUAAGUAUUUUAAACUUGCUUUGUUAUAAUGGUUGGUAAAUAAAUAAAUAAAUAAAUAAAUACAUAAAAAAUCAGCUAAUCAUUAGACUUACCCUGGAGCAUACAAAUUGUCAGUAAUGCAUGAUGAACAUCUGCUUCUAUUACCCGAAGUAUGUGCAAUGGACAUGUAGAGCUACUAUUGUAAAAACAAACUGCAAAACUUCAAUAUGUGUAUAGAACUUAAUGACUUUUACAAAACUUGUGUCAUAAGAGAAAAUUCUCCAUGACAGAAGUUCAAAUGCCAGAGCUGGGCACAGUGUGAGUGUCCAUUUUUCCAUUCUAUGGGAAUUCAAAGAUUUCUUGCAAACUGAAAAUAAUGGUCUGUAAAUAAAAACAGAAAAACAACUUUGUUUCCCCCAACUUCCAGUACCUUAUAGCUUUGGCUGCCAGGAGUCCCCUGUAUCAUUAAAUCAUCCGCCUCACAGAAAUCUGGGUGAGCACACAGAGGUUUAUAUUUUUAAUA